AUGUAUGCAAUGAUAGAUAAGGAGGAAGGGUAUACUGGUGAUUGGACCAAGGACAAGGAGAUCAUGGUGGAACUGAUGGACCCAACAAAGAGGAUCCACACCAUGCCUUUGGAGGAAGUGCUUGGGAAACCUGGGAUGGGUGAUGGGUUCCUUCAUGGCCUUGUUUAG